AUGCCAGCGCUAAUCAUCGAAGAAAGUCAGAUACCAGCGCCCCUCCAAACCAUACCUUCAAAGUCUCAAAACAAAGACAAUACACUCGACCACAUAGUCCACUCCCGCCACUCAACUCGCAAGUUUCUUUCCACGCCCAUCCCAAAAUCAAUCCUGCUCGCCGCCCUAGAACUCGCCCAGCAAAGCCCCUCGAACUCCAAUAUCCAACCGUGGCGCCUAACAAUCGCCACAGGCGCUGCGCGGGACAGCCUGCGGACAGCCCUCCUCGCUGCAGCAAGCGUCGAUCAGCCCAACAUUCCUCCCCUCCCUCAACCAUUCACGCACUACCGCAGUGAACUCGGAAAACAAGUCUAUGGCGAGGGUAUGGGCAUACCCCAUUCCGAUGUUGAGGGGCGGAGAAAGGCUGUGUUGAGAAAUUACGAGUUCUUCGGUGCGCCGACGGUGGUUAUUGUCAGUAUGGACAAGCGACUGGGGAGUGCGGAUAGUUUGAGUGUUGGGAUGUUUUUGCAAACGUUUUUAUUGAAGUUGACAGAGGACGGAGUGGGGAGUUGCGUGGAAGUUAGUAUUGUGGGGUAUCCGGAGGUUGUGAAGCGGGUAUUGGGGAUUGGGGAGGAUAUGGAAGUUCUUUGUGCGGUUGCGGUUGGAUUCGAGGAUACGACGUUUAAAGCAAAUGGGCUGAGGAUUGGGAGGGAGAGGAUUGAUUUUACAACGACGUGGGUAGAGGAGUAA